AUGCAAGCCCUUUACCAGUUUAGGGAAAAGUACUCGUACGAUGAUCCUUUGGCUUGGAUGAAGCCUUUUGUUGACGAACAUAUCGUUCCACAUGUUCCGCAGAAGUUCCAAAAUACCGAAAUUGUUAAGGAAAACUUGCACACUCUAAUAUUUGGAAUCACUCUCUAUACUACUAUAUUUCAGUUCUCGAAACUCAUCUUUAUGUUCCCGACUAUUUCAAAUGCGUUGAAAUCGAAAAAGAACAGGCUGGACGGGUCUGUUAGAGUUGUUUCCUUUAUCCAAGCAAUUAUAAUUUGUGUUUUGGGUAUACCAGUAUUCAAGAAUGAACACUUAUCCAAGGAUCAUGUAUUUGCAUCAACACCAUACGCCAGAUUUUAUGCAAGUAUGGCAUUGAGCUACUUUAUCUGGGAUACUGUCAUCUCUACUAUCUACGUUAACUUGUUUGGAGUCGGAUUUUUGGUACACGGUAUCGUCUCCACUAUUGUGUUUGGCAUUGCUGUUGAAAAAAACUUCAUUCUGUAUUACUCAGCAGCAUUUCUAUUAUUUGAAAUUUCAACUCCCUUCUUGGAUAUAAGAUGGGUUGGUUUGAAAUUUAAAGUGUUGCCUGAUUUUGUCAAACUGCUAAACAAUAUAAUUCUAAUUCUGAUUUUCUUUUUUGUUAGAAUCUGCUGGGGAUGGUAUCAAGUUAUAAAACUAGCUAAGGAUCGAUAUGUGGCCAGUGAUGAGCCAGGCUUUACCACAUUCGGUGCGUGUGUUAUUUUGGGUUGCAACUUUGUCUUGGAUGUUUUAAAUGUCUUUUGGUUCAGUAAAAUGAUGACUGUUGCUGUUGUCACAAUUAAGCAAAUGGUAGGCUUCUCAAAAAAGGCAGACGAUGAAAAACUGAAAUUAAUGUAA